CUCUUUGGCAUGAUGAUAUUGGUGGCUAUACUCUCGGAGACUGGCAUCUUCGAUUAUUUGGCUGUGUAUGCUUAUAAGAUUACGAACGGACAUAUUUGGCCGCUUAUCAAUUGCCUAUGUCUAUUUACGGCGGUGCUCUCCUCUUUUCUGGACAAUGUGACGACGGUGUUGCUGAUGACACCAGUCACUAUACGCCUCUGUGAGGUGAUGUCGCUGAAUCCGGUGCCUAUACUGAUGUGCAUGGUGAUCUAUUCGAAUAUCGGUGGUGCGCUGACGCCCGUAGGCGAUCCGCCGAAUGUGAUAAUUGCUUCGAAUAAUUUCAUUGCAAGAAACGGUGUCAAUUUUGCCAUCUUCACGCUGCAUAUGCUGCCCGGCGUGAUAUUGGUGAUGAUACAGACCUAUGUGCAGUUACGUUUUAAGUUCCGCAAUACAAACGAUUUACAAUUCAAAGACUCGCCCGAGGUGGAGGAGCUGCGUCACGAGAUUCACGUGUGGAAGCGCGCAGCUCAAAGUCUUUCGGCCUAUUCGAAGGACGAAGAAAUUGUGCGGCAAACGCUGAUGAAGAAGGUGAAUCGCCUGAAGCAUAGCUUGAAGAAACGUGUCUCGGAGGCUGGCGAACCGGCGCCCAACUACAAACAAACACUGACGCAGCUGCAGGCGAAGUAUCCCAUUCGCAACAAGUCACUGCUCAUAAAAUGCUCAUUUGCUCUCGUCUUCGUGAUAAGCUUGUUUUUCCUGCACUCAGUGCCCGAAUUACAGCGCCUCUCGUUGGGUUGGACUGCUCUCUUGGGUGCCAUAUUUCUGCUCAUCCUAGCCGAUAUUGAGGAUAUGGAAGCAAUAUUGGCGCGUGUCGAGUGGUCUACGUUGCUUUUCUUCGCCGCUCUAUUCAUACUUAUGGAAGCUCUAUCCGAAUUGGGUCUCAUAGAAUGGAUUGGCCAAAUGACAGAAAGCAUUAUUUUGGGCGUGAGCGAAGGUUCUCGCCUAAUGGUGGCGGUUUUAAUUAUACUUUGGGUUUCAGCCAUAACCUCUGCAUUUGUUGACAAUAUUCCACUAACAACGAUGAUGGUAAAAAUCACAAUUUCUUUGGCCGAAAAUUCUGCGUUGAAUUUGCCACUGCAACCACUUGUUUGGGCUUUGGCCUUGGGCGCUUGCUUGGGUGGCAAUGGCACGCUAAUCGGCGCCUCAGCGAAUGUCGUUUGCGCAGGUGUAGCCGAACAGCAUGGCUACAAAUUCACUUUUCUCGAAUUUUUCAAGGUCGGCUUUCCAGUUAUGAUUGGCAGCAUUAUUGUCUCCACUGGAUACCUACUUUUCACGCAUUGCCUAUUCGCCUGGCACUGAUCGACACCGCUUGCCGGAAUUGGCAAUUAAUUGCAGUGAAAAUACAAAUACAUACCUCGAAUAAGAAAAGCAUUGCAGGAAUUACAACGUCAAGCGAAAAGAAAAAAAAACGAGCUUUUAGCAACAACCCGUUAUUGGUAUAUACAUAUAAGAGAUAUGUAUGUGUGUAGUACACAUCACCACUAGGAUACGCAUACAAAACAUCCUUAUGAGUAAAUCAAUUGAAAUAAAUUUUUCAUUA